AUGCGUUGCUGGGCGCCGACGCUGUGGGCAUGCACCGCGCUGGUGCUAGCCCUAGGUGCGCUUGGCGCGAUGCCAAAGAAGCGGACGUAUGACACGCAUCACUACUAUGUCGCGGAGGUGCGGCCUGCGCCGUGCACGGACGCAUCGGAGCUGACGCCCCAACAUGUAGCCCAGGCACUGGGCGCUGAGUUGGUUGAGCAGGUGGGUGAGCUGCGUGACCACUGGCUGCUGCGGGCAGAGAAGCCAGAUGAGAUCUCACGGCGAUCCGUGCUGGGUGAGGUGCCGCUGCACGCUGAUCCUGUCUUGCAGCGGUAUGCAUCGCUCUCACAGCGCCCCCACGAAAAGCGGUGCAUCGGCACAGCCUGUGUGCCGCUGGACUGCCUUGCACGCUCUGUGCAACUUGAGCGCCAGAGCGUGCGUAUGCGGCACAAGCGCAACGUGAUCUACGAUGCCGCGCAGAUGCCUCACCUAUACCCCAGCAACGUGCCGCCCAAGCCUGCGACCGAGCAGUGGAUGCGCGAAAAACGGGCGCCUGUGCCGAAGAACCGCACGAACGAUAUGGCGGAAGCCUUUCAUAUCAAAGACCCGCUCUUCUACAAGCAGUGGCACCUGUUGAACAACAACAUACCUGGCCAUGACCUGCAUAUCAGUGGCGCCUGGAAACUCGCGAGUGGCAAGGGCGUGACUGUCUCCCUGAUUGACGACGGUGUCGACUAUACACACCCGGACCUGGUCGAUGCUUUUGAGGCGCGCGCCUCGUACGACUUUAACCUGCACCAAAACCUGCCGCUGCCGCGUCUCGUAGACGAUACGCACGGCACACGCUGCGCUGGAGAGAUCGUCGCAGCCAAGAACGAUGUGUGUGGCGUUGGUGUCGCGCCAGACGCACAUGUCGCAGGCGUGCGGAUUUUGUCAGGCCCGAUCAGCGAUGCGGACGAGGCGGCCGCCCUCAACUAUGGUUACCAAAUCAGCGACAUUUACAGCUGCUCGUGGGGCCCGUCCGACUCGGGGCGGAGCAUGGACGGACCCCGCGGCCUGGUGGCCAAAGCCAUGCUGAAUGGGAUUUAUCAUGGGCGCAAGGGCCGAGGAAGUCUGUAUGUGUUUGCCGGCGGCAAUGGCGGCUCGGUGGAUGACCAGUGCAACUUUGACGGAUACACCAACUCGAUCUACACAAUCACAAUCGCUGCGGUCGACAGUGAGGGACACCGGCCGUACUAUUCGGAGAUGUGCAGUGCGAUCAUCGCGAGCGCAUGGAGCUCAGGCAAGGGUCUGAGUAUCUCGACGAGCAAUGUACAGGGGCUCACGAACCGCACUUGCACAUCGACGCACGGCGGCACGAGUGCCGCGGCGCCGCUCGUUGCGGGCGCACUUGCGCUCGCGCUCGAGGUGCGUCCAGACCUCACAUGGCGCGACGCACAGCAUCUUCUGAUCAAGUCGAGUGAGCCGAUCAACCUCGAGGACCCCGACUGGCAAAAGACGGCGGCGGGGCUCAUGUACAGCCACAAGUCCGGCUUUGGCGUCGUCGAUGCGACGCGCCUGGUCGAAAACGCUCGCAGCCACACACUCGUCCCGCCACAGGCAUGGCUCGAGACGCCCCAGUACCCGGUCCACGCUGCCGUGUCGCAGGAUCGCCGGGUCAAUCACACGGUACACGUGACUCGAGACAUGCUCCAAGAGGCCAAUCUGGCGUCGCUCGAGCAUGUCACGACGACGGUGUGGAUCACGCACGAGCGGCGUGGCGACGUGCAGGUCGUGCUGUACGGUCCGCACGGGACCAAGAGUGUGCUUGCGAGUCCGCGGCGCUACGACAGCGACAAGCACGGGUUCCCCGGCUGGACCUUUAUGACGCUCAAGCACUGGGGCGAGGACCCGGUCGGCGCGUGGACCAUCGAGGUGUCGGACCACGGAUCCGUGGACGAGGAUGCGCCGCGGAAUGGCACGUCGCUGCCGCCGCGCGGCGAGCUUGCGUCCUGGCGCCUCACGUUCUGGGGCGCCGCGAGGAACGCCAAGCUCGCCAAGCCGUGGAACUUUCCGCCCGACUCGGACGAGUACCAGAUCACACUUCCCGGUGCGCCGACGACCACCGUUCUCGGCAGUGCUCCCGCACAUGGCAUGACCUUCGUCGCGACGCCCACUUCGUCUCGCCACCUCGCCAAGCCCACGCAUGCCCUGCCACCCGACCACGAUGCGGAUCCGGGCGAAACAAGUCACGUGUUUGGUAUGCCGUCUCAGACCCCGGAGGCGGACUCGGCGUACCUCGCCUCGCUGGCGCACGCUUCGUCGUCGGCCUGGGUCGGCCUCGCGGCUGUGCUCAUCGUCGUGCUUCUCGCGCUCCUUUUUGCGUUCUUGGCACUCCGAUUCCGCGUGAUGCCAUGGUCCCGCGGUCUGUAUGCCCACGUGCCGGACGACGAGGCCGUGCAGCUCGAGAGCAUGCGGCACGAUACCUCGUCGGCAGCGCAGGCGCAAACGCACGAUCUGUACCAUGCCUUUGCUCUGGAGGACGAGGAUGAGGACGAGAAUCAGGCGCCUGAGGCACCUGACGCCCCGCCCUACCGGGACACAUAG